GGAUAAUGAGAGAUAGAAGGACACGGAAAGAAUAGUAUGUAUAUUGAGUUACGGUUAAAAAAUGAUACGAGAUAAAAAAGAAUUUAUUACGCGAGCCACGACACAACCGAUAACGCUUAAACUCUUACGCGUUUUUGUUCGCGCUAUCUUUAACUUUUCGUGAAAUGUGCGUUAGAAAAUCGAACUAGUCGUUCAUAGAUACGAGAUUACUUGGAAUGUCAAACGCCGCCGAAGCUUUAUCUUUUCUUUAUUGAUUUAUAAUUUCUGAUCGUCUAGCUCGUUUAGAACGAUAAUGUCAUUGUCAAACUUAGCGAUAUCAAAAUCUGUGCGUGGAGGCGCCACGUAUCGAAUACUACGACUUUAUCAGGCGACACUGUGCAAAUCCUGAAAAUUGACGUCAGAACCAUAUGCUCGUUUAGUAGGAAAGAAAUGUGCGAGUAGACGGCAUUUCACAUAGGAAAUCAUGUGCCAAAGUAUUUUCUGCAAAAUUUGCCGGUAAAUUAACGCCAUAUGUAAUUGUUUGCUCGAGUGUAUAGUACCUUUGCUAAGUAACGCACGCGUCUCUUAUACACGUGCAUUUCCUGUUUAAACCAAGUCCAAAUUUAACGUGAUCAAAUACAACGACAAAUAUGCUCGCACCCUUCACGAAAAGGAUCGUAUUUCAACAACUUGCUCAUAUGCGCCGCUAUGGAGUCUCUUCCAGCGUAGAUUCAUGCGGAACGUUCGAUUUAGUUGUGGUUGGGGGCGGCAUUGUUGGGUGCGCCACUGCUCGAGAAAUAUUACUGAGGCACCCCAAUCUAAAGGUGGCGAUCGUUGAGAAAGAAAAUGGCCUAGCCAAACAUCAGACGCUGCACAACAGUGGCGUAGUGCACGCUGGCAUCUAUUACAAACCUGGCAGUAUGAAAGCGAAACUAUGCGUGGAAGGUUUCCAGCUAUGCUACGAUUAUUUUUGCAAAAAUAAUAUUCCGCACAAGAAAGUGGGGAAACUCAUAGUAGCCACAAACGCGGAGCAAGUUAAACAACUGCAAGAACUGUAUAACAGAGGACAACAAAAUAAUGUACCUGACCUUCAACUAGUUGAAAAAGAUUGUAUAUCGAAAUACGAAGCUAAAUGCAAAGGAGAAAAGGCAUUGUGGUCACCAUGGACGGGUAUAGUAGAUUGGUCAGUGGUUUGCAAACACUUUGCCGAAGACUUUCAAAAGAUGGGCGGUAAAAUAAUUUUAGAUUACGAAGUUACCGGCUUCGCUGAGAUGACCGAAUCUAAAGACCAAGGACCUCUUUGUCCAAUAUCGGUACAAUCGAAAGACAGGUGUAUACCUACGAAUCACGUGUUAACGUGUGCCGGUUUGCAUUCAGAUCGUCUAGCAGUUAUGACAGGGUGCGAUCUGAGUCCACGAAUUGUUCCAUUCCGUGGCGAAUACUUGUUACUAAGCGAAAGCAAAAAGCAUUUAUGUACCACAAAUAUAUACCCUGUUCCAGAUCCUAGAUUUCCGUUUUUAGGAGUUCAUUUUACACCUAGAAUGAACAGUGAUAUAUGGCUGGGACCAAACGCCGUUUUAGCAUUUGCCCGAGAAGGUUAUCGGUGGUACGAUAUAAAUAUACGGGAUUGUAUAGAAAUGGCGAAAUUUCCCGGACUGUACAAGCUCUGCUUCCGAUAUUUUAUACCAGGUUGUCACGAAAUAAUUAAAUCAAUUUUCUAUCCGCUCGCAGUCAAAGAUCUGCAAAAAUUCAUUCCUGAAGUAACUUACAAAGAUGUGAAAAGAGGACCAGCGGGUGUAAGAGCACAAGCACUGGAUAAAGAUGGUAAAUUAGUAGAUGACUUUGUUUUCGACGUAGGAAAAGGUAACAUAGGUGCCAGAGUGGUUCACUGUCGCAACGCACCUUCUCCCGCUGCAACUAGCUCGAUGGCAAUUGCCAAGCACAUUGCCAAUAAAUUGGAUACUGAUUUUAAAUUUUAAGACGUCCCGAACUUAAAU